CGGUCUCAGUAAGCGUGGCAUUUACGAGGCAAUAAACGUGGAUCCUGUCACAUUGUUAACAGUCCUCGCGUGCGUGCCCAACUAAAAGAACCGUACGAUGAUUUCGCUCGAUGCGGUCAAGGAAUUGCUCGAGAAAACUCAACAGACUCAGCUCUUAAGAUUCUGGGAUCAACUCGGCGACGAAGAAAGGUCGUCGUUUUUGGCUCAACUUUCGACGAUCAAUUUGAAAAAUGUCAACGAACUGUUCGGAAAGGCGCGAGACACUUUGCGCGAAAACGUCGUCAAGUUGGACAGCCGCAUGAAGCCGGUACCCCAAGAACUGUUCGGGGCGGAACAAAAAACCGACGACGAAGAAUUGGACUUGUUCAGGGGUGCGGGUUUAGAGGAGAUCUCUAAAGGGAGCGUCGCCGUGUUGUUGUUGGCCGGCGGAGAGGGCACGAGACUCGGGGUAAGUUACCCCAAAGGGAUGUACUCCGUCGACCUGCCGUCUGGAAAAACUUUAUUUCAAAUGCAAGCGGAAAGGAUUCGACGAAUUUUAACUCUGGCCAAAGAGCGCACGGGGAAAAAAGGCCGCGUUUGCUGGUAUAUAAUGACCAGUGGCCGAACGAACCGGAUCACUCGGAAAUACCUCGAAGCAAACGAUUACUUCGGAUUAGAUGAGAACGACGUGGUCCUAUUCCAGCAGGGUUUGCUGCCCUGCUUUGAUUUCGAGGGGAAAAUUCUGUUGGCGGAAAGAAAUUCGGUAGCCCUGGCACCGGACGGGAACGGCGGCAUAUAUCGCGCCCUGGACGAUAAUAGAAUUCUAGAAGACAUGGAAAGGAGAGGGAUUAAAUACGUCCACAUCCACAGCGUGGACAACAUCCUCGUCAAAGUUGCGGAUCCGGUAUUUAUCGGUUAUUGUAUAAAAAAGCAGGCCGAUUGCGGCGCCAAAGUCGUUAGCAAAAACGGCCCCAACGAAGCCGUGGGGGUCGUUUGCAAAGUGGACGACAGAUUCCAAGUGGUGGAGUACAGCGAGAUCACGGAAGAAACGGCGAAACUGCGCGACUCCGCCGGAAAUUUAACGUUCAGGGCGGGCAACAUUUGCAAUCACUUUUUCACCACCGAAUUUCUUCGACGCAUCGUUAAACAAUACGAGCCGGAACUCAAAUUGCACGUCGCCAAGAAGAAAAUUCCAUACGUUGACGAAAGCGGCGACACGAUCGUGCCGUCCGCGCCGAACGGUAUUAAAAUCGAAAAGUUCGUCUUCGACGUUUUCCAAUUUACCAAUAAAUUCGUUAUUUGGGAAGUGCCCAGGUUCACCGAAUUCAGUCCAUUGAAAAAUAUCGACAGCGUCGGAAAAGAUUGUCCCAGUACCGCCCGCCGUGAUUUGUUACAUUUGCACAAAUAUUACGUGGAAAAAGCUGGAGGAAGUGUCGGAGAGGAUGUCGAGGUUGAAAUUUCACCGCUUUUGUCUUAUGCUGGCGAAAAUCUUCAGACGAUAGUAAAAGGCAAAUCGUUUAACUCUAGCACGGUUAUCAAAUCCGAUGACGAAUGCAAUAACACUGCGAACGGACACUUUAAACACUCGCUAUAAACACAACCAAACCAAAUAAAUUUCGUUUAUUUGGCGACUGGCAGGUUGCAAUAAUUAUAACAAAAUAAAUUCAAACCGUACGCUUUCAAUGAGUAUUCCGUAAAUUACGACCGUAGAUAUUUAAGAAGUAUCUGAAAAAUGUGAUAUUUGUACUUAAAAGUUUAAAAUUGUUUCGUAGUAAAAUAUAUUUUUGGAAAACAUUUUUAUAUAUUAUAUGUAUAUAUUUAAACCAUGGUGAAAG